AUGGGAAAUAACAAAGAAGCAUUUUCCUCAGAUUCUUCUAGCUCCAAUCCAACUCGAAGAACCUGGAAGUAUGACGUUUUUUUAAGUUUUAGAGGUGAAGACACUCGUGAAGGCUUCACAAGCCACUUGUAUCAAGCGUUGGGUGGGAGAGGAUUCCAUGUUUUUAUAGACUAUGGACUUACAAGAGGAGAAGUUAUCUCACAAGAACUGCUGCAAGCAAUUGAAGAAUCUCGCUUUGCAGUUGUUGUUCUCUCUGAAAAUUAUGCUUCUUCUUUUUGGUGUUUAGAUGAGCUCCAACAUAUUCUUACCUCAAGAAAUAACUCAGAUCAAAUAGUUUUCCCUAUCUUUUAUCGUGUACAUCCACCAGAUGUGAUAAACCAACGAGGAAUAUUUGGUGAAGCUUUUGCCAAACUUGCACGCGGUAAGCCCCAGUCGAAGGUGAAAAAAUGGAGGGAUUCUCUAACAGAAGUGGCCCAUUUAGCUGGUUUUGAUACCCGUAAUUACCGGGACGAAGCAGCACUCAUUAUGGAUGUGGUUGAAAAUUUAUGGGGCCAACUUCGUUCUGUACUGCCACCUGUCAAGGCACAUAGUGAUGCACUGGUUGGAAUUGAGCCGAGGGUAGACGAAAUGCUUUCAAUCUCAGGGAUAGGGUUGGAUGACGUUCGGUUUAUAGGAAUAAGGGGCAUGGGCGGUGUUGGCAAGACCACUCUUGCUAGAGUUAUCUAUGAGACGCUCCAUCACCUGUUUGAUUUUCCUUGUUUUCUUGCCAAUGUUAGGGAGGUUUCAGCUGAAAGAAAUGGCAUACUUCACUUGCAGAAACUACUGCUUUCACAUUUCAACGUAAAAGACUUACAUAUUGAAGACACGUAUGAAGGACAGAACAUGUUAGGAUACCUUCUCCGCAACAGAAAGGUUUUGCUUGUCCUUGAUGAUGCAAGUGAUCUAGGACAGUUACGGAGUUUAGCUAGAAGCCGAAAGUGGUUUGGUGAUGGCAGUAGAAUAUUCAUAACAACUAGAGAUUUAGACUUACUGACAUGUCAUGAAGUUGAUGAAAUAUAUGAGAUUACACCCAUGACCGAUGCAGAAUCUCUUCAACUCUUUUAUCAGAAAGCAUUUGGAGGAAGAGGUGUCCCUGCUAAUGAAGAUCAAUUUUGGCAGUUGGCUAGAUCAGCAAUUGGUUAUGCACAUGGCCUUCCUUUGGCUCUCUGUGUUUUAGGCUCCUUCCUUUGUGGUAGAGAUGAUUUAACAGAAUGGGUAGAUGCUUUGCAAUUGUUGAUAGAAGAUUCAAAUAAUGACAUUUUUAAGAUACUUGGAAUAAGCUACAAUCAACUGAAUCGUGCAGAAAAGACAAUAUUUUUAGAUAUUGCCUGUUUUUUUAACAGGUGGGGAAAAGAUGAAAUAAUUCAAAUAUUGGCAGGUUGUGGACUUCCUGCUCCAGCUAGUUUAGGUAGCCUUCGAAAAAAAUCUUUGCUUGCUGAAAUUGAGAUUGGCGGUACUACAUAUAUAGAGAUGCAUGAUUUGAUUCAAGAGAUGGGUAGACUGAUUGUUAUUGAGGAAUCUCCUAUUAUUGUUGGAAGACGCAGUAGACUGUGGCUUCCCAAUGACAUUGACCAACUAAUGGAAAGUGACAUGGGAACUGAAGCAACGGAAGGCAUGGUUCUGCCUCAUAGCUUUGAGAAAGAUGAAGUAGAUUGGAAUCCUGAAGCCUUUUUAAAAUUGUGUUUGCUUGGAAUGCUUAUCAUAUCAAGUAAUUUUAAUCUUUCCCUUCCCUUCAGAGGUCUUCCUCGAAUAUUGAAAGUUCUUCAUUGGUAUGGAUAUCCUAUGGAAUCUCUUCCUUCUAAUGUGAAGAUGGAUCAAAUCAGAUAUCUCAAAAUGCACAAUAGCAAAAUAAAGCGCCUUUCUAAUGAUAAACAGUCUAUGAAGAAGCUAAAGAUUUUGGACUUAAGCCAUUCCAAAUAUCUCCUUCAAACUCCAAAUUUUGUUGGAUAUCAUAAUUUAAAAAGACUGAUUCUUGAAGGCUGCACAUCACUUGUUGAAAUUCAUUCUUCACUCGGACAGCUUCACUGUCUUGUUGAAGUAAAUUUGAAAGGUUGCAUUAAUCUUAAAGUCCUUCCCCAAAAAUUGGAAAUGGAUUCUCUAGAAAAAUUAGUUCUCUGUGGGUGUGUUCGAGUAAGAAUUCUUCCGGAAUUUGAAGAAAAUAUGGAAAAGCUUAGAACACUUGAUGUCAAAGAGACAAGUGUAACCAGACUUCCUAAGUCCCUUGGAUACUUAACAGGGAUUGAAACUUUGGAUUUAAGGGGUUGCCAAAAGCUUGUUGGCCUUCCCCAUGACAUUCACAAAUUGAAGCGUCUGAAAGUUCUUGAUAUCUCAUGCUGCUCAAAUUUUUCUGCAUUACCAGAAAAGCUCAAUGAAAAUGAAGCCUUGGAAAAGCUUGAUGCAAGUGGAACAGCUAUCGUAGAAGUACCUUCUUCUAUUUGUCAUUUAAAAAAAUUAAAGGCACUAGCAUUUCAUGGAUGCAAAAAUCCAACUUCCAAUUCAAGUGUGUGGUCUCUUCUUUGGAGCCAAAUGUUUCAGAGUCAUUCAUCUCUUAAGUACUUAACAUUGCCUGCUUCUAUCUUCAAUAUUCAAUCAUUGACAGAAUUAGAUUUGAGCUACUGCAAUAUUGUUGAUGGGAUCAUUCCUAAUGAACUCAAUGGCUUAUCAUCAUUGCGGACAUUAGAUUUGAGUGGAAACGUGUUUAUGAAUCUACCUGAUGGCUGCAUUUCUAAUCUUUUGAAUCUACAGUCUUUUUAUUUGAAUUCUUGCCCAAAGCUUCAAUUUUUGCCACAGCCUUCGCCGAGUUUAAAUCUAAUGGAUGUCGGAGAAUGUGGUUCAUUGAGAACUUUGUCAGACAGACAAUUGUUACAUCUCUUUGCUUCAAUUGAACAGCAUGCUCAAGAAUUAAGGAGAAUUAAGUCUUUUUCAGUGACUAUUCCAGGGAGUGAAAUACCAUCAUGGUUUGAGAAUCAGAAUCAUCUUCGUCUGAAUGAGAAACGUGAAGCCUCUGUAACCAUAGACAUGCCUGAAGAUGAAUGGUUGGGAAUUGGGUUGUGCACAGUAAUUGAUGAUAAGAUUUGUUUGCCUCGCUUGGGGUUUGAUUUCAAAGCUUCCGAUGGUAAGUAUGUGUCCCUUCAAGGGAGGACACGUGAACAUGAGAAAGAAAUAAAAUCUUCCCAUCUAUGGAUAGCGUUUUGGAAAAUUGAAGAGGAAAACAGAGGUGAACUAUCAAGGAAUUACAGUGAGAUUCGCUUGAAAUUUUGUACUGGUUGGGAACAGCCUCCAUUAAGAUUGGUUGAUGUAGAGUCAAUCAAGUGUGGAUGGCGUUUCAUUCGCGAAGGUGAUUUAGAACGACUCUAG